AUGGGUUUGGAGCCUGCCACGGGAGGGGGGGAUGUCAGCAGGUACUGUGGGGGUAGCCCCGCGUUAGGCUUGCGGCCAAUAGCGCGGUGUCUUCUUGCGGACUAAAAUGGUUGGCUUUGUCUUCUUCCGCUCGAAGCCUCACUUCAGCAGGUGGUAUCCCUCCGCGUCUCCCCCCCCGAGCUCCGAUCAGAUGUUCGGCUGCCCCAUGCGAUGUCCGUUCAACUGUCAGGGUAACCGCCACAUAACAGGCGAGACGCCGUGGAAAGGCGGCGGCUCUGGGCCAGGACCCCGCAGGAAGGAGGAGGAGAGGCGCUUGGGAAGUAGUUCCGGCGCGGAGCCGGAGAAGGGAAGCUACUGCCGCGCCGCCGCCGGUUCACAAUGACUAAUGAAGAACCUCUCCCAAAGAAGGUUCGCCUUAGUGAAACAGACUUUAAGGUUUUGGGUAGAGAUGAACUGAUCCUAAGGUGGAAGCAAUAUGAAGCAUACGUACAGGCUCUGGAGGGAAAAUACACAGAUCUUAAUUCUAAUGAUGUAACUGGAUUGAGGGAGUCUGAAGAGAAGCUGAAGCAACAACAGCAAGAGUCUGCCCGAAGAGAGAAUAUCCUGGUGAUGAGACUGGCAACGAAGGAACAGGAAAUGCAAGAGUGUACUAAUCAGAUUCAGUACCUCAAGCAAGUCCAGCAGCCUAGCGUUGCCCAACUGAGAUCAACAAUGGUGGACCCAGCCAUCAACUUGUUUUUCCUAAAAAUGAAAGGUGAACUGGAACAGACUAAAGACAAACUGGAACAAGCCCAAAAUGAACUGAGUGCCUGGAAAUUUACGCCUGAUAGCCAAACAGGCAAAAAGUUAAUGGCGAAGUGUCGAAUGCUUAUCCAGGAGAAUCAAGAGCUUGGAAGGCAGCUGUCCCAAGGACGCAUUGCACAGCUUGAGGCAGAGCUGGCUUUACAGAAGAAAUAUAGUGAGGAACUAAAAAGCAGUCAGGAUGAAUUGAAUGACUUCAUCAUCCAGCUUGAUGAGGAGGUAGAGGGUAUGCAGAGUACCAUUCUAGUUCUCCAGCAGCAGUUGAAGGAGACUCGCCAGCAGUUGGCUCAGUUCCAGCAGCAGCAGUCCCAGGCCUCAGCCCCAGGUACCAGCAGGACUCCAUCUUCUGAGCCUACAGACCAGGGAGAGGCCAUGGGUAAAGACUGCAGCCGUCUGGCUAAUGGACCGAGCAACGGCAGCUCUUCCCAUCAGAGGACGUCUGGGCCUGGAUUUUAUAGGGAGGGUAGUGGCACAGAAGAUGACUUCCCAGCGUCUCCAGGGAAUGGUAAUAAGCUCUCCAACCACUCUGAAGAUAGAACUGUCAGAGGCGGUUGUAGCUACAUAAACCAACUAAGUACUGGGUAUGAAAGUGUAGACUCUCCCACUGGCAGUGAAAACUCACUCACUCACCACUCAAAUGACACAGACUCCAAUCAUGAUCCUCAAGAAGAGAAAACAGUGAGCAUGAAAGGUAACAGAACUGUGGGUUCUCGUCAUGUUCAGAAUGGUUUGGACUCCAAUGUAAAUGUCCAGGGUUCAGUUUUGUAACAUUUUUUUUUUCUGCAACACUUUUAUACAGUGUCAUUUAAAUUGGGAGAGGAUACUGUCCAGAAACCGUUUAAAUUAGUGCAUACUUGUCACAGUUUUGCCUUUUUGUGGGUUUUUUUGCUUCAAUACCUCUGCCACUUUGGAAAUUUUAACAGUUAAUUACGUUGAAUGUUGCUAAAAGGACAUUUGUGUAGGCUCAAGUUAUUUUUAUAUGAGUUAAUGUGAAGUUGAAAAUGGAAAUAAUUUCCACAAAGUAUAACAUAAAUGAUGUCUGUACAAAUCUGUGUAUAUCUAGAACCUGUGCUGUGUAAGGGCAUUCUUACUCAUAUUGUUAUAUUUACACCACAUUCAAAAUUUGUCAUACUAGCUGUGGGUUUAUGACUGCCAAGCUUGCCCAGUACAGUAGUUUUAUCACUAAAAGAUGGACUUGUUGAAGGAGUCCUGUAGUAGUUCCAGUGUUAAUUACAGUUUUUUCCACCAUACAUCUGUGCAUUUCUCCUUAGGUGACCGAAUGUUUAAGAAGUUUGUGUGCAUAGUUACUCAGUUUUAAGAACUGUUGUAUCCUGUUUAUGCAUAUUGCUCUGUGACUCCAAUAUUAUCUUACCUGUACUGACCAAACCUAAAUAAAGACUUUUAAUAAUGUAAUUUAUUUUAGUCUGCAUUGGUUUCAUAUGAUGUAUUUGUAUACAAUGCAUUUUUAUUGUACAUGUUUUCUGUUGGAUUAUUUGCCCACUACCAAUCUACAUAGUAAAAAAUCAUGCUGAAGACUCAAGUUUGAGACCUGUGGCAUUUUGUUUUUAAUAAAUAAAAAUAAGUUCUUGUAGUUUAA